AUGGCUCCCAUGAACAACUGGUUGGGUUUCUCCCUUUCCCCUCAAGAACUCCCAUCACAGUCUCAAAAUCAUUCGCAAACUUCGGUUUCUCGUCUUGGUUUCAACUCAGAUGAAAUCUCUGGAAAUGAAGUCUCCAAUGAUUGCUUUGACCUCACUUCUGCCUCUACCGUUCCUUCUCUAAACCUUCCACCCCCUUUUGGAAUACUAGAAGACUUCGACAGGAGCAAUCAAUCACAAGCUUGGAAUAUGAAAGAUAUGGGCUUGAACACUGAUACUAACUACAAGACCACCUCAGAGAUAUCUAUUCUACUGGGUAGUUCAUGCAACAGUCAAACCCAUGAAACCCAAGAGCCAAAGCUCGAAAACUUCCUCGGUGUGGGUGCACACUCUUUUUCUGAUAACAAACGGAAACUUCCAGGACGCAACACAGCCGGUUCAGCUUGUGACGGAAACGGAGAGUACUUGUAUCCCAGUUGUUCAUUGCAGCUUCCAUUGGAACCGGCGGAGGCCACAGCUGGUGACUUCCGAGCAAGUUGUAAUGGUGGUGGUGACAUCACUGGCAACACCAUUGGCAUAUCUAUGAUAAAAAACUGGUUGAGGAAUAACCCAAACCCGACGGAGAACAAGAACAACGGGAACGCAGUUACGGAGACUAAUGGCCAGACUUUAUCACUUUCGAUGAGCACUGGGUCACAAUCGAGCUCUCCCUUACCGAUUUGGACAGGAAGUGCUGGUGCUAGCGGAGGAGAGAGUUCUACUUCGGAGAAUAAACAGCAGAAUGUGACGGCUCUGGACAUUCAAAGUGGUGCAAUAGAGACAGUGCCUCGGAAGUCUAUUGACACUUUUGGACAGAGAACUUCUAUCUAUCGUGGUGUUACAAGACAUAGAUGGACAGGUAGAUAUGAGGCACAUCUGUGGGAUAACAGCUGUAGAAGAGAAGGACAAACUCGUAAAGGAAGGCAAGGAGGUUAUGACAAGGAAGAAAAGGCAGCCAGAGCUUAUGAUUUAGCAGCACUGAAGUACUGGGGUACUACUACCACUACAAAUUUCCCUAUUAGCAACUAUGAGAAAGAGUUGGAAGACAUGAAGCACAUGACAAGACAGGAGUAUGUUGCAUCUCUACGAAGGAAAAGUAGCGGAUUCUCUCGCGGUGCAUCCAUUUAUCGAGGAGUGACAAGGCACCAUCAGCAUGGAAGAUGGCAAGCAAGGAUUGGAAGAGUUGCUGGCAACAAGGAUCUUUACUUGGGAACUUUCAGCACACAGGAGGAAGCAGCAGAGGCCUAUGACAUUGCGGCCAUUAAAUUCAGGGGAUUGAAUGCCGUUACUAACUUUGAGAUCAACCGAUAUGAUGUUAAAAGCAUACUUGAGAGCAGCACUUUGCCCAUUGGGGGAGCCGCUAAGCGUCUCAAGGAUGCCGAGCAGGCUGAAAUGACACUGGAUACGCAGGGAACUGAUGAAGGCAACAUCAGUUCACAUCUAACAGAUGGAAAUAACUACAUCUCACACUGUGGCUGGCCUACCAUUGCAUUCCAACAAGCACAGCCAUUUAGCAUGCACUAUCCAUAUGGUCAGCAAAGGGUAUGGUGUAAGCAAGAACAGGACUCUGACGCCACCUACAGCUUUCAAGAUCUUCAUCAACUUCAAUUGGGGAACUCACACAAUUUCUUCCAGCCUUCUGUUAUGCACAAUCUCAUGAAUUUGGACUCCACUUCAAUGGAGCAUAGCUCUGGCUCUAACUCUGUUAUUUAUAACAAUGGAGUCAGCGAUGGUAGUAGUGGAAGUGGAAAUGCUGCAUUUCAAGGGGUCGGGUUUGGAAACAAUGGGGGAUUUGUAAUGCCGGUGGGUACAAUUGUUGCUCAAGAAGGCAACCAAAGUCAUGGAAAUGGUUUUGGACAAAAUGAGGUGAAGCCUGUUGGCUAUGAAAACUUCUACGGAUCAAUGGAUUCUUAUCACGCAAGGAACUUGUAUUAUCUCUCCCAGCAAUCAUCAGCAGGUACGAUGAAGGCUAGCAUUUAUGAUCAGGGCUCGACUUGUAAUGAUUGGGUGCCUACUGCAGUACCAACUUUUGCACCAAGGACUAACAAUAUGGCAGUUUGUCAUGCAGCUCCAACUUUCGGUGUGUUUAAUGAUACAUAA